UUAAGCUACGGAAGUACAGCUGUCUGCGAGUUCGCUCUGGAAUACACAGAGCUGUCAAAUAGAUCCACGCUGCCGUCGUUGAUUCCAGUUGCAGUUCCACUCCAGUGCCAGGCAGUAACUCAACAGCUAGAUAAUUGUAACAAUGGCAAAGGUCGAAACUUCUACUAGUAGGCCAUAUCACAUAAUUAUUUUCGGAGCCUCGGGCUUUACAGGGCAGUUUGUAGUGGAAGAGGUAGCUCGUACCUCGUCCGAGGGACCAAAGGGGACGUUGAAAUGGGCCGUUGCUGGGAGAAGCAGACCGAAGCUGGAAAAAGUUCUGGAACAGGCGGCUGCCGCCCUCAGUAAGCCAGAGCUGAGGACGGAGGUGGACAUCAUCGUAGCAGAUGUAGGAGAGCCGGACUCCCUGGCAGCCAUGUGCAAACAGGGUGUGAUCGUUCUCAACUGUGUGGGGCCUUACAGGUUCUGGGGGGAGCCCGUGGUGAAGGCAUGUGUGGAGAACGGAGCACACCACAUCGACAUCUGUGGAGAGCCCCAGUUUCUAGAGAGCAUGCAGUUGAACUACAACAGCCAGGCGGAUGAGAAGGGGGUUUACGUCGUGGGCAGCUGUGGCUUUGACUCCAUCCCAGCUGACAUGGGCGUCAUCUUUACCAGGGACCAGUUCAAAGGAAAGCUCACAGCAGUAGAGAGCUUCCUGACGGCCAGUUCAGGCCCUGAGGGAGGCUCCAUCCACGACGGUACAUGGCAGUCGGCCAUCUACGGCUUCGCCGACAGCGGAAAGCUUCGUAGCCUGAGGAGGAAGUUUGGCUACAAGCCCCUCCCAGUGGUGGGGUCAAAGAUCAAGCGCAGGAGUGCGCUGUUCUACAGUGAUGAGGUGCAGCAGUACGCAGUCCCCUUCAUGGGUGCAGAUCCCUCUGUGGUGAAGAGAAGCCAGCGCUUCCUCCUGGAGGAGCACCAGGAGGACCCUGUUCAGUAUGGAGCAUAUGCAGGAGUAGGGGGCGUGGGAAACAUAAUCAAGAUGCUUUUCGCUGGAAUGAUGUUUAUGUUCUUUGUAAAAUUCAACUGGGGACGAAACCUGCUGAUCAAGUUCCCAGAGUUCUUCUCCUUCGGUUUCUUCACCAAGCAGGGACCAACCAGGAAACAGAUGGAGGGAGCCUCCUUCCAGUUUGCCUUCUAUGGGGAAGGUUACACUGAGGACCCGUCUCAAGGUCGACCCAACGCCAAGAUCCGCACCCUCGUCCAGGGCCCAGAGGCGGGAUAUGUGGCCACACCCAUAACCAUGGUCCAAUCAGCUAUGACCAUCCUGAACGAGCCCAAUGCCCUUCCCAAGAAGGGUGGUGUAUACACUCCAGGGGCAGCUUUUGCUAAGACCACACUGAUUAAUCGCCUCAACAAACAUGGCAUCCAGUUUUCUGUCAUCUAAACCUGCCCACCAGUUCCAAGUCAUUCACAUCUGUCUAUGAUAUCCUGAACAUCGCAUAUGCUUGUUAUUGGAAAUAUGAAAAUAGUCUUUAGCCACGCUCACUAACAGUUUUGCUGGUUUGUGGUAUUUGUAAUGGUUCACCAGAGUAGAAUACCUUUAUCAAUACAGUUUCUCCUCUGUGUUUGCAUAUGAGCUUGGUGUCAGUCCUACCCUCAAUAAUACAGUUUGUUCUCACUUCAGAUGUUCAUAAUUGUUUCUCAUAAGGGUUGUUUUCCUAUAUCUGUUGAAUUGGUUCAGAUGUAUUUGGGAGUUUUUCAGACCAUUCUGCUGUGUUUACUGUUGACUUUAUGUGCACUGUUUCCUGGAGGUCACAAGCUUUACAAGCUCCUAUUUAGAACAUGCCAGAAUUCCAGAACCCCCACACAUGAUUCGCACCAGUUCUGAGUUCCAACAGUAACUGAAUGUAGCCUUGUUUUAUCAAAGCAAACAUUUUCUCAACCUGUUUAUUGAAACAAAGUUUGUUGCUAAAGAACUGGUUCAAUGCUCCCUCCUAAUCAGCUUGAUCAUUUUAAGAAUGUGAAGCUUGCUGCCUCUAAGCAACAUGUCAUGGUACUACUGGUAAAAGAGCAGUACCCCCCCACCACCACCACCCCCACCCCACUGAGCAUGCCCAGGAGUGUUAAACAGUGAGCAGUAUUUGUGUGCAGUGUUUGAGUUGCAUUCUGCUUGCCUAGUCUUUAUCUUAUGAAUAAAGCCAACAGCACUGCUGGAAAUAUC